AUGGCCAACACGACCGGGCCAAACGGAUCUGUCGGCAACUUCACGGACAUUGAUUCAGGGAGCCCCUACGAAACGGUUGAGGUGGUCUUCAUCAUGAUCGUGGCUGGCUCGCUGAGUCUGGUGACCAUCAUCGGAAACAUUCUGGUGAUGGUCUCCAUCAAAGUGAACCGACACUUACAAACCAUCAACAACUAUUUCAUUUUCAGCCUGGCCUGCGCUGAUUUGAUCAUUGGGGUCUUCGCCAUGAAUCUCUACACCAUUUACAUUGUCAUGGGCUCCUGGCCCAUGGGUCCGGUGGUGUGCGACUUGUGGCUGGCUCUCGAUUACGUUGUCGGCAUUGCCUCGGUCAUGCACCUUCUCGUCAUCAGCUUUGACCGCUACUUCAGCGUGACCAAACCUCUCAGCUACCCGGUGAAGAGGACCAACAAGAUGGCUGGCAUGAUGAUCGCAGCGGCCUGGCUGCACCCCUUCAUCCUCUGUGCACCGGCCGUUCUCUUCUGGCAGUUCAUCGUGGGUGAGCGCAAAGUCCCUCAGGGCGAGUGCUACGUCCAGUUCUUGUCCAACCCCGUGGUGACCUUCGGCACGGCCAUCGCCGCCUUCUACCUGCCCGUCAUCAUCAUGGCCAUCCUGUACGUACACAUCUCCCGAGCCAGUAAAAGCCGGAUAAAGAAGGAUGAGAGAGAGCCGGAGUUGAACAAAGGCGCCGCCGUCUCCCCCAGCCUGGCUCGUGGGAAGCUCACCAAACUCAACAACAACAACCACGGCCCCAGCCCCUUCGGCGGGUUGCCGCCGGUCAAAGUACAAAACGGGAAGGCCGUCGGGGAAACGGUGAUGGAGAACUGUGGUCAGGGGGAGGAGAAGGAGAUGUCCAAUGACUCCACCUCGGUCAGCGUCGCCCCUUCCACCCAGAAGGAGGAGGUGGCGGUGUACGAGGGCACCAGGGUCACGGCCGUGCCUCCACCCGCUUCCUCCGGCCGCUUCAGGGUGGACGGCUCCAAGUUCUCCUGCAUCAAGUCUGAGAGUAGCGAGCACUGCACCGAGUCGGCGGUGAAGACAGCGGUGGCCAACAGCGACUGGAGCAACGGCAGGGAGAGGGAAAUGGCGGCGGCUCGCAAGAUCGUCAGAGUGACCAAGACGCCGGCCAAGAAGAAGGGGAAAGGCGCGGUGUCGCGGGAGAGGAAGGUGACCAAGACCAUCCUGGCCGUUCUGCUGGCCUUCAUCAUCACCUGGACCCCGUACAAUGUCAUGGUUCUCAUCAAAACCUUCUGCUCCAUCUGCGUCCCCAACACGGCGUGGACCAUCGGCUACUGGCUCUGCUACAUCAACAGCACCAUCAACCCCGCCUGCUAUGCUCUCUGUAAUGCCACCUUCAAGAAAACCUUCAAACACCUCCUCUUGUGUCAGUACAAAAACAUUGGCGCCACAAGAUAGAGAAAUACAAACAACGCAAUGAACAUGUUAUACCCAUCGAAGCUGACUUUCAUAAUGUCUCUCUGUAAAUGUAUGUAGUGCAACAUGCCAGAGUAUAUUUCAUGUAGACAUUAUACAUAAUACGAUGAAAGCACAUUUGAACUAUGUCCGAUGAAUGUUUAACGUCUGUUGUAAAUUAAGGGUGUGUUGGUUAUUAGAGACACGAGGAACUGCAGG